UCAGCACUAGGGAUGCAAAUUAUUAAGUGAUAGUGGGAGUCCUACAGGUGCCUGGGUGAGAGUUAUCCCAAGGAAGGAGAAAAGGACACACACGCAUACCCACACACGCACAUCAAUGCACGUCCAUGCAUUCGGACGACCGGGAUCUCUGCAAAAACUUGGCAACUGAGACGAGUUGCGACAGGUGGAAUGUAGAACGCGGCAAAUCACUGAGAUUCACCGUCGCUGCGCAAUCCCUCUGGAGCUCCUGGCCUUAAAGAAGAAAUGGCUACAGCAGAAGAUCUCCUGGGCGCCGGGUUUGACAUGCAGCUUAUGGGGAAGUUGGUUCUUUCUCUGGUUGUCGUGCUGCUCAUUUCCUGGGCUUAUAAAUUAUACGGCUCCAGGAGCCCAGCCCGGCGCCGAUGUGCGCUGGGUCAAUCUAAUGGGAACGUCCGACAGCCGACAGACUCUCAGAUACCGGCAGGCACUUGCAUGAAAUGCAAAGCUGAGCUGCGACAGAAAAAGGAACAGGUACCAGCGAGCGCUGAGAGGGGAAGGACAGAGUGGGCUGAAAACACUCCGAAGGAUCCUGAAAAUGACUGUCCGGAACACCGUGAAUACCCUGCCGAGAAUCCCAAAAUGGAGAUUGGUGAACACCAUAAACACCCUCCGAGUACUUCUGAAAAGGAGGCUUUGGAACACGUCAAAUCCCGCCCUGAGAAUUUUGGUGAAGAUACUUUGGAGGAGCAUGAAUACUGCCCUGAAACUACAUCGGCAGACAACCACGCUGAAGCGCUUGCAAUUGCACCACAUUCAAACUGCGAUGCGUCAAAGGAGAUAGUUACUCACCGUGGUUUCAGCAGCACGUUAUCCCCAGCACUUUCCACUGAACAAGGCCAAACAAGCCCAACAGGACGGCGCUCCCCAUGUACGCUGAGGAAACUGGAGCAGAGUGCGGGCGUCCGACGAGAACUCAGACAAGACCUGGGGCACCCCGGCGCCUUCUCCAGCUUCCGGUCCAAGGUGGAGAUCAGAGUGGAGGAUGCUGACCUUUUACUGGAGAGACCUGGGCACAAACAUGUGGAGGUACGUGGGAAAAUCUAUGAUUUUUAUGCUGAGUCUACCUCUCAGUCAUCAGACUACCAAUCUUGCUCAGAUGUACUGAGGCCAAUAGCAAGGCAGUAUGAAGACUGCACAUCGAAAGACUUGCAGCCGAUUGGUUUGUCUGGAAUUCUACCAAUCGGAGGAGACCGCUGCACUGGUGGCAGAAGUGCUAAGCUACCGGUUGUCCCAGGAUUCCACAUUUCACCCCUGAACAUGCAGGAUGUUGGAAUAGGAAAUUCAAACACAGUCUGCUCUGCAGCCCAUUCAUCUGUGGAUUUGUGCUCCAGGCCCUUAAGUCUGACUAACAGACGUCCAAUCCUCCGCGAGUCUGCAGCAAGGGCCAAUGUUUCACAAACACCACUAGAGGGCGUUGGAAGUCCAGAGCUGGAGAGCCUAAUGGGUCGACUGGACUUAGGCAACUGCUUGCAUGCCCUUACCCUAGCCAGAAAGCACAGACAUGCAGGCCUUGAAGAGUCAGCACUGAGGGUCAUGUCUGACAACUACUUACAGGUACUACAAGAACCAGGGCUAUAUGGGAGGCUGAAAGCGGAUGACCGGGAGAAGAUCCAGAAUCGGAGAAUGAAGGGAAGGCAGUACUUAAUGGUGGCUGACAUUGACCCUCAAUACAGGAUGAUGAACAGAACAAUGGCAGGGGCAGGAUCAUGUGACUCCAGGAUAUCCAGUGGGUUAUACUAUUAUGAUGACUACAAAGACACUUGGCACCACAUGUGUCCCCUCCCUAAAGAAGUAGUGUCCAGGGGCUGUGCCAUGUGCACACUGGACAACUAUCUCUUCAUUGCUGUGGGGUAUGAAGGUGCUAGCUACUAUGCUGAGCCAUCAAGGAAAGUGUUCUGCUUCAAUCCAGCAACAAACAUCUGGACGGAGGUUCGCCCCAUGAAUGAAGCCAGACCCCUCUGCAAACUGGUGGCCCUGCAGGGCCACAUCUAUGCAAUCGGAGGGGAGGGCCUUCGGACCGUGGAGCGGUACAACCCGCGGGCGGACUGCUGGACCUUUGUCGCGCCCCUGCCCAGGGACACCUUCUUGGUGGCCCACCGAGCCACCGCCUGCAACGGGGAGCUCUUUGUGUUGGGGGGUACCCUGAAGUACACACUGCUGCGAUACAACCCCCAAACAGAUGCCUGGACGCGGAGCCUGACCAUCGACAGCAAAGAAGGGACCACGGAGGUGGUGGCGGCGAGAAACUCUCUGUACCGAUUUGACGUCUGCCCCUACCAGGGCAUCAGCGUUUACCGCUACCACGCUGUGGCUCGCCUGUGGUACGAGUGCUGCUCCAAGCGGCUGCCCCACUGCCCCGCCUUCCAGUGCGCCACGUUGGACGACGUCAUCUACUGCGUGAGCCGCGAGUUCACUAUGAGGCUGUUGGCGGAUGAGGUCUCUCCCAAAUUCGAUAAGAAAGACCUGAAAGUUCUCUCUGUGGCCAAUGGUGUCUUAUUCCCUUUUACCCUGGUGUUUCCUGAUAAGAAAACUCUUCAGACCAGUGUGUGAGCAAGGGUUACUGACAUAUGUCAGCAGAGCAGCUUCGGCAAAAAGCCUGCCAUUUUCCCCCUGUGUGGGGCCUCGAUUGGGAUUGGAUAACAGGCCACCCUCAUCUGAAUGAAGCAGGCAGAGAUGAAGGCUG